AUGCUUCGUAACUUUAAAAUAAGGCCACGCCAGUUGGCUUCACUUCGUGGAUUGGCCACAACUGCAGACCCAGCAGCAAACCCAAACAGACACCAUGGUGGAUUGAAGGACCAAGAUCGUAUUUUUCAAAAUCUUUAUGGAAAUUAUGGACAUGAUUUGAAAUCAGCACAAAAGAUGGGAGAUUGGUACAAGACCAAAGAAAUCAUCUUGAAAGGAGACAAAUGGAUUAUUGAUGAAAUGAAAAAGUCCGGAUUAAGAGGAAGAGGUGGUGCAGGUUUCCCAUCAGGAUUGAAAUGGUCCUUUAUGAACCCACCUGGAUGGGAGAAGAACGUUGGUCCUAGAUACUUGGUUGUUAAUGCCGAUGAAGGUGAACCCGGUACUUGUAAAGAUAGAGAAAUUAUUAGAAAAGAUCCUCACAAGUUGGUUGAGGGUUGUUUGUUGGCAGGUAGAGCAAUGAAUGCCACUGCAGCAUAUAUUUAUAUCAGAGGAGAAUUUUACAACGAAACUGUUAUACUACAAAAUGCCAUAAAUGAAGCUUACAAAGCCGGAUUGAUAGGUAAAAAUGCAUGUGGAUCAGGCUAUGACUUUGAUAUAUAUGUCCACAGAGGUAUGGGUGCAUAUGUUUGUGGUGAAGAGACUGCAUUAAUUGAGUCCAUAGAAGGUAAAGCAGGAAAGCCAAGAUUGAAGCCACCAUUCCCAGCCGGUGUUGGUUUGUUCGGAAGACCAACCACUGUUGCCAACGUUGAAACGGUGUCAGUUGCCCCAACUAUUUUAAGAAGGGGAGGAGCAUGGUUUGACUCUUUGGGUCGUGAAAGAAACUCAGGUACCAAGUUGUUUUGUAUAUCAGGUCACAUCAAUGAACCAUGUACUGUUGAAGAAGAAAUGUCCAUACCAUUAAAAGAAUUACUAGAAAAGCACUGUGGUGGUAUUAAAGGCGGCUGGGAUAACUUGUUGGGUGUAAUUCCUGGAGGAUCAUCUGUCCCAAUCAUGCCAAAAGAAACUUGUGAUACAGUCUUGAUGGACUACGACGCGUUAAGAGAUGUAGGAUCUGGUUUGGGUACUGCAGCUGUUAUUGUCAUGAACAAACAGACCGAUGUAAUAAGAGCCAUUCAAAGGUUUGCCCAUUUCUACAAGCACGAAUCAUGUGGUCAAUGUACUCCUUGUCGUGAAGGAACCACUUGGUUACAAAGAAUGAUGGACAGAUUCCAAAGUGGUCAAGCAACUGAAAGGGAAAUUGAUAUGAUUUUUGAAUUAACCAAGGAAAUAGAAGGUCACACCAUCUGUGCGCUUGGUGAUGCUGCCGCAUGGCCAGUGCAAGGUUUAAUCAAAUCAUUCAGACCAGUAAUGGUUGACAGAAUCAAUGAGUAUCAAAAGAAGCACGAAGAUUUAGGUCACGUUCAUUAUGGUGGAUGGGUUGAUGGAGGUAAAGUAAAGAAUGGUGUUGUUGUUGAAAACCCAAUACCACAUGGCCAUUGA